AUGCUGCAAGUAUAUUCCCUCCAUCCGCUCCUAGUGCCGGAUUACGAGAAGAGGGAGGACAAAGCCAUCCGGCGGCAGGAAAAAGCGUUGAAGAAGGUGGCAAAAGGUAAGGGCAAAGCAAAGGCCCUGACUGCGGACGACGAGUACGACCCAGAGGGACCUGAUUGGGAUGCCGAGAACGAUGUCGACGAAGGGUUUGAAGAGAACAAAGCCGCGACAGAAGCGAUCAGCGCCAGAGUUCUCAACCCAUUCAUCCACGAGGAACACGAGACAUCGGCAGAACUGAGAGUCAAAUGGUUGGCGAAACUUGCGGAUUGGUCAGAGGCGCAAGUGUUUGAAUCCCCACAUGUCACGGCUAUGGUGGACAUGCUCUACAACCUCAUCAAGAAGCGCCCCGAAGACAAGAUCAUCGUCUUCUCCCAGUAUCUCAGAUACCUGGAUAUCAUCAACAAGGGAUUUUCGCAUGCGGCACAAUGUUGA